AUGAACUCGCUGAACAUCCUCUCCUCGCGAGUCAUCGGGCAGUCUUCCAGCUCUCCGCGUCCACGAUCGCAAUCCCAGAGCGAGAAACGGCGCGCGGCGGCGCCGGGUGACUUUGACUUUGGCAAGCACCGGUCCCACAGCGAGGAUAACUUCCGGUCAAGCGCCAGCCCCGAACAGAGUUACGACCACCCGGCUCCGUACGUGGAGGACGAAGGCUACGAGGACACGCAUUAUUCAUUUGACGAGAAGACGACUUUGCUCCAUGGUGUUCAGAAAGAUGGUGUUCUUGCAACGAAGAGCACUUGGCGGCUCAUCACCAAACGGAUUUUCGACGCGAUAGCCGAAACGAUCCAAUUCAUUCUAUCUACGCUCGCUGCCCCCGGUAUUUUCGUUGCCCAGUGCUUUCAAAAUAGCGACGGGCACUAUUCGCUUCUUGCCCCAGUUAGGAAGAUCUGGAGAACGUCUGCCGAUACAAGGACCCGGCCGGAUAAGGGGCCUCCUCGGGUAGAAACGCGGCGAAGAAGUGGCUCCACUCGCAAGCCCAGACCGCAAGCAUCUCGUGAAUCUAUUCAUUCCAAUACGUCUGAAUCAGAGACCGACCGCGGACCCGUUAACGGUCUCACCCGCGGUAAGACUCGAUCAAGCAAGAACCAAGCCCAGGACCCCGACACAAACCAGGACGACAAUACACCGCGCCGGUCUAUACGAAUUAAGCUGCAUAACGAGGAAACUUUGAAAAAGCAAAGGCAACAACGACGGACCCAGAGUGCGGAUCUGGGGCAACCGAUGCCUGAGGGUGUGACUCGAGUCCAGGGCGCCGUUAAUUUGGAUAGCCUGAAGUCUCCUACUUCUCCAUCUGUUCAUCGCAUUACAAAAUACCCCCACUCUCCAGCUCCUCCACGUCCGCUUCUCCCGCAGCGACUGCCUUCAUAUACGGCCGCGCCGCGCAAUGCCAAGCUUCCGCAGAAAACCCUUGUGCUCGAUCUCGAUGAGACGCUCAUCCACUCGCUCGCCAAGGGCGGUCGCAUGUCCAGCGGGCACAUGGUCGAGGUGAAACUCUCCAUGCCCGUGAGCACCGCUCUGACGCCCGGAGGGCCGCAGACUACGUUAGGUCCGCAGCAUCCAAUUCUGUACUAUGUCCACAAGCGGCCACACUGUGAUGACUUCUUGCGAAAGAUUUCCAAGUGGUAUAAACUUGUGAUCUUUACCGCAUCCGUACAGGAAUACGCCGACCCUGUGAUCGACUGGCUCGAGCAGGAACGCAAGUACUUCCAGGCACGCUAUUACAGACAGCACUGCACGUUUCGAAACGGCGCGUAUAUCAAAGAUCUGAGCUCUGUUGAACCGGACCUUAGCAAGGUUAUGAUUUUGGACAACAGCCCGAUGAGCUAUCUUUUCCACGAGGACAACGCUAUUCCCAUCGAAGGCUGGAUCAAUGACCCCACGGAUAAUGGUCUGUUACAUUUAGUACCCAUGCUGGAAGCUUUGCAGUAUGUCACCGACGUUAGGGCCCUGUUGGCACUUCGUCGCGGUGAGACGGAGACAUAG